AUGGCGGAUUCACGUAUCCAUGAAACUAUUUCGAAUAUUAUUAUUUCAAACAAUGCCAUCAAGCUUUCUACAAAGAAAACCACAGAAACAUUUCUUAAUUUGCAAAAAGAAUUCUUUGAAAGCAUUUCUACUCACUACAAACAACUGGAGACGAUUCAACAAGUGACCGAUAUCUUGUUUGAUGAUGAAAAAAUGAAAUCUCUUGUUGAGUUUAAAACAUUUACAAAUACACAGUUGGUGGUUUGUGGCUACAAUUCGGCAGGAAAAACAUCAUUUCUACAUGACUUUCUCCGAUGUGGCGCAUUUUUACCGACUGGAACUGGAGCUGUAACAGCCCGCAUUGUCAAGUUCUCGUAUGCACCAGCCGAUAAAGCAUUUAUUUGGCAGCAUGACACUGUGGAGUCAGCAUUUACUAAACAACCGUCCUCUAUACUAGUCGAAGAUCUAUCACGUUAUUUUGCUGCAAACAUAGAUAAUCGCAAAAAGAAUACCAAAGAGCUCAAAGAAGCUAUCAGGAAGCAUUUGGCACGACCAGAAUUUGAAAUUUCAUCACCGGAGUUUGCUAAGUGGGCAACCUAUUUAAUUGAAAUUCGCAUUCCAUCACCGAUACUGAAGUGUGGAUUGGAAGUGUAUGACACUGCAGGUUUGCUCGGAUACGAUGCGCCUGUUCUAGUUACAAACUUGCAGACUUUAGUCAAAGUCGUACGCCCCUCGCUCUUAUUUUUAUAUGACAAUCCAUCAUUUGCCGAUGACACGCUUAAUUGCUUCCGUACGUUGAAAAAUGCUCUUUGUCAUCUAGAAGAUACAGGUGUGUUCUUUCUCAAUACUAAAGCUGAUGCAUCGACGAUUUUGCGUGAUGCAGAGAUUGAUGAAGAUGAUGACGAACUCGAGCAAAGUGAUAUCGACAAAUUGCUUGCUAAAGAGCGAGAACGUCGAUACGAACUAUUGAUUAAUGUCGAAGCUGUGAAAGAUGAAAUGCCAAGCAACAGUUUACAGCCAACAUUAGCCGAGUGUGAUUGUUUCGAUAUAUUCAGUAUAGAUAAACCGAAUCAUCUAAUGACACAAACUAUGCAACAGACUGCAAUUGAUCGUAUAAUUAAGUUUGCUGCCGAGCGGGAUUUGCAGGGAACCAAAUAUGUUAGUAACAUCAUAUUAGAUGCCAUCGAUGCCUUCUUCGACUUCGUGCUCGUCACCAAUCGACGAUCGUUAGCUGAAUGGGACAAAUUACGAAACGAUGCAUUGACAUGGGGUGAUGCCUUUUUUCAACACUAUCGUGCUAAAAUUGAUGAAAUGGUCAAUGAUAUUGAAAAGCGGACAGUUCAAAAGUUUGACGAACGCCGUGAUGAUAUUAAAAAGAAAGCUUUUGCCAGUCAAGAUAAAUGGCACACUCCAGGAGAACUUUUUCUAAAGCUAGGAGGCUCUUUAAAAAGAGGAUUUCCGAAAGCCUCAGAUCGUGAAUACAAAAGUUCGAUUGGUUUAGCUGUUGAAGAAGAAGUGAUCAAACCGGUACUGAAACAAGUAGUCGCCAAAAUGAAAGUUGAAAUGCCUUUUCGUGAAGUAUUGAUCAGUACUGCUGACACUAGCAACUUAUGCACGAAGAGCGAAAUAUAUGCAAGAGUAGCUGCCGAAAUAAUCGGUGUUAUUUAUCUUCCUAUCACCGGACUUGUUCUUGGCCUAAAAAAACUGCUUGAUACAGGCAGCAACGAUCCCGAGCAAAUAAAGAAGCAAGAAGGAGCAAUUGAACAUUGUUUAAUUGAUGUUAAAGAUCGAUUGCCUACUUUAGGUGAACCAAUAAAAGCCAAUUUACACGAAUGGCUCGAGAAGAAUUAUGGUCAAUUCAAGCGCAAAAUAGACGUUUAUUACAACGUAGUUCAGAAAACGAUGCAACAUCGUGAGAAAGCCCACCAGUUAGGUCGCAUAUUUUCAGGACGAUUUGCACGCAUCGAAUGUCGACUGAUUGCUAAUCUUGAUUUAGCUAAAAAUCGUGGCGCAGAACCUAAGAUAGAUAAUGAAUCAUUAGGGCAUGGUGGCUUCUUUACCGUUCACGCAGCAUCUUGGAAUACCGAGCUACGUCUUGCCGCCAAGAUACUUAGUGAUCCUUUGACAUAUCCCGAUAUGGCUUACCUAGAAGCGCAUUUUCAUCGUACAGUUACACGCCUUCAAAUUGGACACAUGGCUCCACUUCGUUAUUUAUUUGAAAAAGAAGAGCCACAGACAGAUGCAGUAGCAUCUGUUGAUAAUAAACAGCUUAUUAUUCUUGUUCCUCGUUAUCAAACCAAUUUACACGCUUACCUGGUUGCAAAUAUGAGUACGAUUUCGAUCGAUAGAACACUACAGAUCGUACUCGAUAUUGCUCGUGUGAUUGCACAUAUGCACAAGUACGAACUUGUACAUCGGGACGUUAAAGCACGUAAUAUUCUCCUUGACGAACAUGAACAGGUCUUCCUAGCUGAUUUUGGUACUUGUGAGCAUAGCGCUGAGAAUACAGUCAUGAUUGCAUCACCUCCCACCCCUCCUGAAUUAUCCACAGAACAUCAGCUUUCGUAUGAAGGAACAGCACUGGAUAUCUACUCGUUGGGCACACUCAUGUAUGUAGUUGCACCUAAACAGAUGUUUCUGCAACCGACACAGCCAAUCACACAAACUGACGUGAAUAACCUUGAUGAAGCAGUUAUUCCAAACAGUUUUCGCCAACUGAUGCUUCGUUGUUUAGAUGCAGAUCCAAACAAACGUCCGACAGCGUCGGAAGUUGUGGAGCAAUUGGAGACUAUUAUGGAUCAGGUAGCUGAUGGACGGCCAUGUCUCAUAUGUUUAGAUCAGCCAAGAUAUCAACGGUGCUUUCCAUGUGGUCAUAAAACCAUGUGUAACAAGUGCCUCGUGCAGAAGCAAAGCACAGAUCUAGCGCCUGAAUGUAUUAUUUGUAGACAGGUAUUCACGAGUACGCAAGAAGAUGCCAACGUACACACGUAUGUUUUACCAGUCUAA